AUGAAGUUUGCUCAUGACUUCGAUGCAUCCUUGAGGAAGGAAGAAUACCCUCAAGAAUGGCUUGAUUCGGCAAUUUCUUAUCGCCAGCUCAAGAAGUGUAUCAAGAAGGUCCAGAAAGAGCUACGAGAACUUGGACUAGAUCCGCACAUACUCGAGCAGUUGUGGCAGAACGUCGACAACAAUGAUGAAAUCGUCACGAUAAGAGCAAGCCCUGAAGAGCCUCGUUCCAGGCCCUAUCAUUACUAUAUAUCGAGUGGAGGUGCAAAUUUCAAGCCCAGGCUUACGGUUGCAAUCGACCCGAGAGAUGGUUCACCUCUUGAUGCAUGGCUCAGUCCUGAAACACGGAAUUUCCUCAAAGGUCUUCCGAGGUCCCCACGGACAGAGAAGCAACUCUUUAUCUCAGCUGCAGCAGGGAUAGAUGGAGGUACCUCGCAACCCACCCUCCUGUCUGUUUCCGAACACGGCAACACUGUCGAACUGGAAAUCGGUGAUUCAACGGAAGCUUUUGAAACCGUGGAGAUUCCGUUAACUUCUGACUCGGAGUUCUUUCAAAUACUCAAGCGAGAACUAGACGAUCUCAACCGGCUUCAGGAAAUGAAACAGAAGCAGUUGACAAUUCAAAUAAACAAGCUCGGUAGUGAUAUUACCAACCUGACGGAGAUCGCAUCUAAACGAUCAAGGGCUGAAGUCGAGGCAUGGCGGGAGAUCUUCCGGCUAUAUGUCGACUCACAGAUCUUCUUCUCCACGAGUAAGCAGGACACAGGGACGCGAUCUUGCUCUGCCGCACAGAAGCAGCUUGAGGAUUUCAGCAAUGGCAUCGCCGAUAAACGGAAAAGGCUCAGAUUAUCCCACAAUGGUAGCGCCGCACUUAAUUCCUUUCUUUACAUCAACGCCUCGCUCCUGCAAUUCAUGAAGUUCCAGGAAAUCAAUCGUACUGCACUAACCAAGAUCAUGAAGAAGUUUGACAAGCGAACAGCAUUGCACAUGCAAGCCAACCUGCCCCGGAUGCUCGCCGACGAGCAGUUCGUUGCACAUGAUCUGGCAAAAGCAGCCUGCUUUACCAUCCAAGAACAGCUGCUGCCGAUCGUACCCCAGAUCAACGACUAUCUCUGCCCAGUCUGUUUGACUAUCUCCUUCAAACCCGUCCGACUGAGAUGCAAUCACGUCUUCUGCAUCAGAUGUCUCAUCGUCAUGCAACGUGCGAAGCAAGACCACUGUCCCCUCUGCAGAGGCGGAGUCGUCAUGGAAGCUUGUGGUGAAAACGUGGAUGCUAAAUUGAUGAAGUUCCUGAAGAUGAAAUUCCCGGCUGAGGUCAAGGCAAAGCAGAAGGAGAAUCAGCAUGCCGCGGGUGUCGAUCGAUAUGGGGAAAAUUAUGACAAGUGUGCCGUCAUGUGA